UACCACCCUCUAUUGAUAGCACAUAAGAAGCCAAAGUGCUUUUCAAGCCAGUGCUGCAGUGAAUCCCUGUACUUAUAAGGAUAGCAGUAAGGAGAUUGGUGCAUCUCUGUCAAUCUGUGUUGCUGUUCCUGUGUUACUAUGGACCUUCGUUAUACUGCAAAGAUUUUUCUGCUUACUUACCUUGUGUUAGGAGGAGCAGCUCAAACAAAUGCACAAAGUACUACAGUGACAAGUGAUACAUCAACAGCUGGGACAUCCAGCACUGUGACAAGCGCUACAUCAACAGCUGGGACAUCCGGCACUGUGACAAAUGGUACGUCAGCAGCUGGGACAUCUGGCACUGUGACAAAUGGUACGUCAGCAGCUGGGACAUCUGGCACUGUGACAAAUGGUACGUCAGCAGCUGGGACAUCUGGCACUGCACUCACUGCUCCAGUAACAAAUGGUACAUCAGCAGCAGGGACAUCCGGCACUGUGACAAGCGGUACAGCAACAGCAGGGACAUCCGGCACUGGCUCAGCAGUCACUACAGCAACUCAAGCAGCAACUGGGACAUCCAGCACUGCACUCACUGCUUCAGUGACAAGCGCUACAUCAACAGCUGGGACAUCCAGCACUGCACUCAAUGCUCCAGUGACAAGCGCUUCAUCAAUAGCUGGGACAUCCAGCACUGCACUCACUGCUUCAGUGACAAGUGCUACAUCAAUAGCUGGGACAUCCAGCACUGCACUCACUGCUUCAGUGACAAGUGCUACAUCAACAGCUGGGACAUCCAGCACUGCACUCACUACUCCAGUGACAAGCGCUACAUCAAUAACUGGGACAUCCAGCACUGCACUCACUGCUUCAGUGACAAGUGCUACAUCAACAGCUGGGACAUCCAGCACUGCACUCAAUGCUCCAGUGACAAGCGGUACAUCAACAGCUGGGACAUCCGGCACUGCACUCACUGCUCCAGUGACAAGCGCUUCAUCAAUAGCUGGGACAUCCAGCACUGCACUCAAUGCUCCAGUGACAAGCGCUACAUCAACAGCUGGGACAUCCAGCACUGCACUCACUGCUCCAGUGACAAGCGCUACAUCAAUAGCUGGGACAUCCAGCACUGCACUCAAUGCUCCAGUGACAAGCGCUACAUCAACAGCUGGGACAUCCAGCACUGCACUCACUGCUCCAGUGACAAGCGCUACAUCAAUAGCUGGGACAUCCAGCACUGCACUCACUGCUUCAGUGACAAGCGCUACAUCAAUAGCUGGGACAUCCAGCACUGCACUCACUGCUUCAGUGACAAGUGCUACAUCAACAGCUGGGACAUCCAGCACUGCACUCAAUGCUCCAGUGACAAGCGCUAUAUCAAUAGCUGGGACAUCCAGCACUUCACUCACUGCUCCAGUGACAAGCGCUACAUCAACAGCUGGGACAUCCAGCACUGCACUCACUGCUCCAGUGACAAGCGUUACAUCAACAGCUGGGACAUCCGGCACUGCACUCAAUGAUCCAGUGACAAGCGCUACAUCAACAGCUGGGACAUCCGGCACUGCACUCACUGCUCCAGUGACAAACGCUACAUCAACAGCUGGGACAUCCGGCACUGGUGUUCUGUAUGAAUACGGGAACGCAACUGACAGUCUAAGCACAAGAGAUGAUGAUGGUUCCGUGUUGGUAAAUCCUACUAUCAACUUCCCGUUUGGGGGAAACUCCUAUUCUUCUUUUUACCUGAGCAACAACGGAUACCUGGAUUUCAAUGGACCCGUUAUUGCCCCGUUUUAUGCAGACGUUUAUAACGUAAUAUAUGGUGACAUUUACUACCGGCAGAGCGCUGAUCCCAGCCUCCUGGCAAACGCAACGCAAGACAUCAACACCUACUUUCCAGGUUUAGGGUUCUCUGCCCAGUGGGUGUUUAUAGCGACAUGGGACAAGGUGCCACGGUAUCCAGGAACUGCCAGUCAGGUGAAUACGUUCCAGGUUGUUCUCAUCACAAAUGGGACCAUUUCAUUUGUUCUUUUUAACUAUGCGGAUAUUCAAUGGACAAAUAAUGCACAGGCUUAUUGGAACAACGGAACCCAAGUUUAUCAUUUAAACACAGUAGGAUCUGUUUUCAAUUGGACAACAUCAAGCAACGUUAACUAUCCUGGGCGGUGGGCUUUCAUGGUAGGCAAAGUACAACCUGUAGCUCUCACUACUCCAGUGACAAGCAGUACGUCAGCAGCGGGGACAUCCGGCACCGCACUGACCACUCCAGUGACAAGUGGUUCAUCAACAGUGGGGGCAUCGGGCACUGCACUCACUGCUCCAGUGACAAGCGGUACACCAACAGCGGGGACAUCUGGCACUGCACUCACUGCUCCAGUGACAAGCGCUACAUCAACAGCUGGGACAUCCAGCACUGCACUCACUGCUCCAGUGACAAACGAUACAUCAACAGCUGGGACAUCCGGCACUGGUGUUCUGUAUGAAUACGGGAACGCAACUGACAGUCCAAGCACAAGAACUUAUGAUGGUUCCGUGUUGGUAGAUCUUACUGUCGCGUUCCCUCUUUUUGGAAACACCUAUUCUUCUUUAUACCUGUACAACAGAGGAUACCUGAAUUUCAAUGGACCCCUUAUUGUCCCAUUUUAUGCAGCCAUUUAUAACUUAAUAUCUGGUGACAUUUACUAUCGGCAGAGCACUGAUUCCAGCCUCCUGGCAAACGCAACGCAAGACAUCAACACCUACUUUCCAGGUUUAGGGUUCUCUGCCCAGUUGGUGUUUAUAGCGACAUGGGACAAGGUGCCACAGUAUCAAGGAAAUGCCAGUCAGGUGAAUACGUUCCAGGUUGUUCUCAUCACAGAUGGGACCAUUUCAUUUGUUCUUUUUAACUAUGCAGAUAUUCAGUGGACAUCUAAUACAGUGGCUGGGUUGGACAGCAGAAAUGCUGCAGGAUAUUAUAUAUUAAAUACAAGUGGAUCUACUUUCAAUUGGACAAGCUCAAGUAACACUAACUAUCCUGGGCGGUGGGCUUUCAGAGUAGACAGAUUACAAAUUGAAGUACCCGCACUACAGCAACCAGCAACUACAGAAACCACUACUCCAAUGACAAGCGGUACGUCAGCAGCGGGGACAUCUGGCACCGGACUCAUGACAGCAGAGAAAAGAGCCACAUCCGGCACUGGUGUUCUGUAUGAAUACGGGAACGCAACUGACAGUCUAAGCGCAAGAGGUGAUGGUUAUGUGUCGGUAGAUCUUACUGUCAACUUCCCUCUUUUUGGAAACUCCUAUUCUUCUUUUUACCUGUACAACAGAGGAUACCUGGAUUUCAGUCGACCCUCUAUUGUCCCGUUUUAUGCAGCCAUUUCUACCGCAAUAUCUGGUAACAUUUACUACCGGCAGAGCGCUGAUCCCAGCCUCCUGGCAAACGCAACGCAAGACAUCAACACCUACUUUCCAGGUUUAGGGUUCUCUGCCCAGUGGGUGUUUAUAGCGACAUGGGACAAGGUGCCACAGUAUCAAGGAAAUGCCAGUCAGGUGAAUACGUUCCAGGUUGUUCUCAUCACAGAUGGGACCAUUUCAUUUGUUCUUUUUAACUAUGCGGAUAUUCAGUGGACAUCUAAUGCAGAGGCUGCGUUGCUCAGUGGAAAUGCUGCAGGAUAUUAUCAAUUAAAUACAAGUGGAUCUUCUUUCAAUUGGACAAGCUCAAGUAACACUAACUAUCCUGGGCGAUGGGCUUUCAGAGUAGACAGAUUACAAAUUGAAGUACCCGCACUACAGCAACCAGCAACUACAGAAACCACUACUCCAAUGACAAGCGGUACGUCAGCAGCGGGGACAUCCGGCACCGCACUCACUGCUCCAGUGACAAGCGCUACAUCAACAGCGGGGACAUCCGGCACUGCACUCACUGCUCCAGUGACAAGCGCUAGAUCAACAGCUGGGACAUCCAGCACUGCACUCACUACUCCAGUGACAAGCGGUACGUCAGCAGCGGGGACAUCCGGCACCGUGACAAGCGCUACAUCAACAGCUGGGACAUCCAGCACUGCACUCACUGCUCCAGUGACAAGCGCUACAUCAACAGCUGGGACAUCCGGCCCUGCACUCACUGCUCCAGUGACAAGCGGUAUGUCAGCAGCUGGGACAUCCGGCACCGCACUCACUGCUCCAGUGACAAGCGCUAUAUCAACAGCUGGGACAUCCAGCACUGCACUCACUGCUCCAGUGACAAGCGCUACAUCAACAGCUGGGACAUCCGGCACUGCACUCACUGCUUCAGUGACAAGCGCUACAUCAACAGCUGGGACAUCCGGCACUGCAGUCAAUACAGCAACUCUAGCAGCAGCUGGGACAUCCGGCACUGCUCUCUCUACUCUAAACACAAGUAGCACGUCAUCAGCUGCGACAUCCGGCACUGCUCUCUCUACUCUCAAGACAAGUACUACACCAACAGAUGUGAUAUCCAGCUCAGCACCCAGUAUGGGCACGGAGAGAGGAAUGACAUGGAAUAUUCAAGGAACAUUUACUACCUGCAAAAUAUAUGUGUAUAUACUGUACCUUUAUAUCUAUGGUUUUCUUUUUUAAAAUUCAUAUGAUGUGGUUCACUAUAUUGUGGAUAAUGAAUCACCUAUUUUCACAUAUAUAGACACUAGGGGGCAGAUUCAUCAAAGUAUGAGUUUGAAUCCCAAAAUGGGGAUGAUCAAAAAUGUCAUGAAAAU